AUGGAAAGGUUUGACUCAGAGAUUCUGACGGAGGGCUAUGUGGAUGAGAGCGGAGUGGGUCACUGUAUCACUCCUCUGCUCUACGAGUUGGGCUGGAUCUCUUUUGAGGUGUCCACAGAUGGAGUCAGCUUUGACAGAUCAGGGCGGUGGCUCUCAGUCCACCACAGUAAGCUGGGUCCUGAUUACAAGAUCAUUCUGGUCAAUGACAAACAGUGGCAGUACUACGGCACUCCUGACGUCAGCGGGGAUCUAGAGAUGAUCUGGAUCUCAUCUCUAAUAAAGGCAGAGAGAGUCAACAUCGAGCUGUGGGGUUACAAUGAGACUGGAGAAGUGUAUUCUGCGAACUGGGAGGCGGAGUGGAAGUAUCUGUACACCGUGGGCAGGGAUGUACCCAACAGUGGAGUUUUCAGUUUCACCCCACAGAUCGCCGAAAAACCAUACUUCCUUUGGGACAUAGGGAGCAUACGGGUCAGCCCUAACACUAAACCAGAUGGAGCCCAGAAUGUUAACGCCCUGUGGAGUGAAGCGCAUGCGAUCGCCUGGCAUCUUGAGGAGGCCUUCAGGAUGGACUCUGCAGGCUGGGCCCUGGAGAAGUGCAUCAAUUGGGAUAAAGAAGAGAAAGCAAUGCCCAACUUCCUGACUGAGAUCACCGAUUGCCCCUGCACAUUGGCCCAGGCCCGUGCUGACACCGGAAGAUUUCAUACCGAUUAUGGCUGUGAUAUCGAGGCAGGUAGUUUCUGUGUUUACCAUCCAGGUGCGGUUCACUGCGUCAGAGCCAUUCAGGGCAGUCCCGAGUAUGGUUCAGGUCAGCAGUGUUGUUAUGACAGCACUGGAGCUCAGGUGCUCACGGGAGACUCUAUCGGUGGCAGCACCCCAGACCGAGGGCACGACUGGGGCGAGCCGCCAUACAAGAAACCACCCAGAGUUCCAGGAUUCUCUCACUGGAAGUAUGAUGUCAUCAGCUUCUACUACUGCUGCCUGUGGUCAGACAACUGCAGAUACUACUUCACUCACCGCCCGUCCAGUGACUGCAGAACAUAUCGUCCUCCUAGAGUCGCUGCUGUACUUGGUGACCCCCACUUUAUGACAUUCGAUGGUGUGACUUUCACCUUCAAUGGGAAAGGAGAGUACAUUCUGGUUUACUCCUCAGACCAUGAGCUGUCUGUGCAAGGCAGGACUGAACCAAUGAGAUUUGAGAACGGUACUGUUGCUAUGGCGACACGACUCAGUUCGGUGGCCGUGAGGGAGAACGACUCUGAUGUCAUCGAGGUGCGUCUCGGAGACCAAGUAGAUGAGCUGCAGGUCUUAAUGAACCAACAGGUGCUUUCCUUCUCUGAGCAAAAAUGGAUCGACCUUUCGGGUGUUUUUGUUUUUUCCCCUAAAGCCACUAAUGUGACUGUGAUGUUUCCGUCGGGGACGGGGUUAGAGGUCAGGGCAGGUGAAGGGGUCAUGACCUUUACCGUUUUACUGCCACAUGACUUACAGAACCACACGCUAGGGCUGCUCGGCACAAUGAAUGACGACCCUGAAGAUGAUCUGACCUCUAGUAAUGGAGUGAUCAUCCCUCUCAAUAGCAGUGCACUGGACAUAUUCACCUAUUGUGCUGGCUGGGCCGUUACGAAUGAGACUUCACUCUUUACUUACGACUCAACCUACCUCCUGAAUGAAUAUUACUAUGCCCCAAAGCAUGAUCCGUCUUUCAUGCCAAACUUUUCGGUGACUGAAGACCCAGAGGACCCCCUGCUGGAGCCGGUGCUGAGCCUCUGUGCCGGAGAGUGGGCUUCGUUCUGUAAAUACGACGCACUAAGCAUGCGCAGUCUGGAACAAGGCAAUGCCACACUGCUGGCCUACCGGAGCCAUACGUCCACCAAGAAAGCUCUGGAACCUGUGCAAUCCUGUGGUUGGUUGUCACCACCUAACCACGGUCAGAAGGAAGGAACCUUGUACCUUGAAGGGGCAAAGGUCACAUUCUCAUGUAACAGUGGAUACAGUCUCUACGGGUCUCAAGAACACACAUGUCAAGCAGACGGCGAGUGGUCUGGAGAAGAUACACACUGUGUGGCUGAGAAGCGAGGAAACAACAAGAUGACAAGUCACAUCCUCACCAGAACUUUCCAGAACUUCUGGAGUGGGCAGACAGCAUGUCUUUCAUCAUCUCCUGAGUCACUUCUGUUUUUAACGUUCAGCGUCAUGCUGCGGAGGCCACAGGAAAGGCCUGCACCUCGCUUUACUACACCACAGAAAGCGUGA